ACAUGGACUCAAUACUACUUACGCGAGCUUAUCUCCGGGCAUAGGUCGCUGCUUCGGCCGAUGAAGCGCAUGAUUACACAUGACGAGGUGUGGUAGUCUGAGGCCGAACGGUUGCAUUUGGUGUACAGCGAACAUCUCAAACGCACAGCCACUGUCUCUUGACUUUGACGCAAGAUAUUUGUCUAUACCCGUGUACUUUAGAGCCCCAUACUCGAUAUCCGAAUGCUGCAAAACGCCCCUCACGCGUCAAAUCUCCCGGCAAGGCUUACCGCAACCAUGGAUCGCGAGUACGAAUUCUUUAUAACGACGGAUAAGCCACAUCAACCAGCUGGUGCGGAACGAUGCAUGAUUCGGAGACUGGUGAUGCGCAAUCACUUCGACAUGAAAACGACUAGACCACAGCUCAAUCCGUCUCAGAUUUCCUCAAUCAGUACAGCCAUGGCAAAGAAAAGGCUGAAGAAUCGAUUUCGGAUAUCUGAACCGCAAAACGAGAAGAGAAGGAAAGAGAGUGACGGAAGGGAACAUGCAGGCUGUCCGGGGGGAAAGGGCGGAAUAAAACAGAAAGUUCUGAGAGAUCGGUCGAGCCUAAUGACAUCUUCGAACGCUGGAGAAGACGGAAAAGAAAAGAAAAGCAACAUUACUAAGACUCGGGCCAAUACCAUCAUAAGAGAUUGGAGUGGACCAAUAACAGUAAAGCCAGUGAUGAAGCGUGGCUCAAGUGCUGAUCGAAUGGAUUCCUUCGGUAUUGUACCCAUAUCUGGAACGCCAGAGCUAGAUGGACUGUUUCGAUUAUAUGAGAACUCACCCAAGAAUAAUACAGUUGCCAUCGACGCCCAGCACACAUGGAAGUCAUUCAUGGUAAGAGAUGCCGGCCUAUUGCACGCUACUCUGGCCAGCUGGGCACUGUACGGUAUGCUGGCGAACGAACACACUGACUUGAGGGUUUGCAAGUUAAAGCACAAGAAUGAGGCAAUCAAGGCUGUCAAUUGCAAGCUUGCGGUGUCUGGCGGGUACAUAUCAGAUGAGGUGGUUGGCACUGUGUUGACAUUGGCGAAUCUCGAGAAUCUUCUUGGAGACUACGAUGCAGCUCAACUUCACUUGACCGCGCUGAAGCGCAUGGUGAAAGCACGAGGUGGACUAUUUGCGUUCGGGCACAAUGAUGGCUUGUUGCGUGGUAUUAUCUGGAUGGACUUUCACACUGCAUCAGUCUUCCGCACGCACCCAUCUUACCCACAUUUAUGUCUGGACCCGGAUACCCCUCCUCUCCCCAACGAGCUCUUAGAGGAAGCAGCGCAUACGUCGCCCACGUCGCUGCUUCGCCUUUCUUGUGCCGCGAUUGACUGCUUCAAGAUAUUCUAUCGACUCCAUCGGCUCGCGCUGGCAGUAUCAUCGCACUGGGUUGGCUGUGUCGAGCGGCUCGCUCUCAGCAAUCUCCUCUACGAAACGCAGUUCAUGAUCCUCUCGGUACCUGAUCAGUCACAUAACUUCUUGUACUUUGACCGGACCAUCCAAGAUGAGCAAAGCGACUGCUACGAUUACCUCAGGACUAGAGCGGAUGCAGGGAGUGUGGUUGAGGCUAUACUCGCUGCAGCUCUCAUCUUCGUGUACGCGGUGCUUCGUGCCCUGCCACUGAACACGAAGAUCUUCACUGUUCUUCUUUCCCGAUUACGUGUCGCUAUAGAUCGACCAAACACACCAGUGCUGGAAAUGUGGGGACGAGAGAAGAAUCUGAAAAUGCUGCUUUGGGUUCUGGUCGUUGCGUGUUGUGUUGCCACGGGCGAAGAUCGCAUGUGGUGGGUCGCGCAGCUAUCAGAGCUGUGUGGGGAGGUGCAUGUUAGAAGUAGACAGCAUCUCGAGCAAGAAAUGCGGCAUGUCGCUUGGACGGACCUGUUUUUCGACGAUAGGAUGGAUGGAAUCUGGGCAGAGGUGAUGCGGCUGCGAGGACCGACGCUUUGCAGAGGGUCGCUGGCGGGGUUUCCUGCGACCACUGUGGACCCUUCAUUGUGUGACAGCUGGAUGUAGAAUAAAGAGAGUGAAGCCUUUCAUGGUGAAAAUAGAACGUAUGAGAUGGAGAAGUCCAGCAGACGGACCAAUCACGGCGGACGCUAAUCCGCUUUCAAUCCAUGUUCGUGAAUGUUCUGCCACGUGCAUCGGGCAUAGCAGCGCCGACGGCGGCGGGCGCGAAGGCAAAGG